UGAGAGAAACAUGUCAUUAAGGUGUUGUCAAAGCGAGCCCUGUAGGUGUGGGCCGUCCCCGGCGUUUGUGAUUUUAAAGUUUCAAAGGGGAGGACUUAUUGGAUAUGGGAUCAAGUUCGUGAAACCGUCUUGUGCGUCUAGAAAAAUGCCACCCAGGAGGCGCCAAAGGAGCUAAAGAGUGACAAUCACAGAGCACCAAAAAUGACGAAAGUUCCUCAGGGGGCUGAUUUGAGUUUCCUAAAUGAAGAGGAAGCCAGGAAGAUCCUUCGGGUGCUGGAGAGAAAUGAGGAGCUGCAAAGGGCGGAGAAGGCCAGGAUCAGCAAACUUCAGAAGACAAAGAGGGACAUCAGAUGGCUGCAAGGAGUGACUGGAGAAUGGUUUGAAGAAAUUCAAAGAAAAAAGUUUUGCAAUGAAACAGAUGUUAGUCAAAUGUUUAAACAACCACUUAUAUACAGGCUAAGAGAGGAGAUGGCAAAAAAUGUGGAAUUACAAACAUCAAGACCUGAUCAUGUGACCAAUUCAAAACCCCCGACAUCCGUUCCUUCUUGGCCGAGCUUCAGAUCAUCCCUGGCUUCUCUAUUUUCAUUCAGAAAAUCUGAAAAGGAGCUUUUCAAGCUUCAGUCGCUGGGGCAGAAAGGAUGCGAUGGCCAGGUAGGACCUCCUGUGUCUGCGAGGGGACCCACUGCGGAGACAAAAUUAUACAAUUCACCUCUAAAACAUCAACCAGUUGACAGUGCGUUUGUCUCCAAGCCAGCAACCAUGAGGGAAGGAAGUGGCAUGCCUCCUCUGUGGGAUGUUUCGGUGCUAGAAAAUGAGUUUUUCCAAGUUUUAGAUGAUUUGGACAGCACGCUGGCUCAAGAACAGUCCACAAGCUCAGUGAAUGCCAGCGCACCCUACAACUACGGAUCGAGAACCCAGUUCAGCCAUUGUUACUCCACUGGCAACAGGCAUAGUAACAUCACUGGAAGACAUAAAAAUCGCUAUAAUGAAACUUCUAAUAUGUCCAUCUAUGACAUCCUGAGACCAGGAGCUCCAAGGGAAGGUUUUAAAACUUUUUCUCCCAGGACAAAAACAAUUUAUGAUAUGUACAGGACAAGGGGGCCCAGCAUCUCAAAAGAAGAUUAUGUGCCAAAGAAUACUUUUGGCAGUACAUCUUUGUGUUUUGACAGCCGGCAACGACCUGCCGUAGGAGCCACGAGGCAUUUCACAGCAAGAAGCUCACACUUUCCAGCUGCAACUCAGAGCAAGAGUAGAUUUACACCACCGAACUACCAGCAGAGCCCGAAGAGAACUCCGUUAUCCUCCAUCAUCUGGAACAGAUCAGAUGCUUCUAGAGACAGGCAGAGCCAGCAAGAGUUCUUGACGGCACCAUCACCAAUGGAAAUGGACCCUGCAGACCAGUGUGUGAAUCCCAGGUAUUUUCAGGGAAAUAGGACACAUGAAUUGUACCAUUCACAAAACGUUUACCAAAGUGUUCAUCUAAAUGCCCCAAUGGAUAAUGCAAUGAGCUCUGAUGCUUUUGAGAAUUUAGAGAAUAUGCCAUUCUAUCAGCAGGACAACCCAUUUGCUAGGUCUUUCUUUAGUAGUACCUUUGGGCAAAGCAGAGAACACCAAUUUGUCCAAAGUUCUUUUUGGGACCACCGGGAAGAACAUAUUUCUUGGUCUGACUUUGAUCAAAGCAGGAAACCAUUCGUUUAUUCUAACAGAGACUUUGAAAUGAUUUCCAUUGAAGCAGACAGUGUGCCUGCUGCUCAGGGCCAUGGCGUCCCUUUCCAACACUGGGAGCCACUUUCUACUGGCUAUGGAACUGAUGUUUUCAGAGGCCAAGAAGAGCCACAUCCCUGGAAGGCUGACUUUCACACAACCCCACUGGAGAGCAUGGAGAUAUCAAACAGUAUUGAGAACCAAUUUGGCACACAAAAUAUUUACUCCAUGCCUGGUUCAAGCUAUCAUCUCAAGUCUAGUGCUUCAGGACACUGCCAAGAUAGUUCACCUGUACAAACACAUAUACGCAAAGAACCUUAUUCAUCAAGAAUGGAUCAGACUUUAGCAUCCUCAUCCAAAACUUCCUUCCCCCAGAUUCCUGAUGACAAACGGAAUUCUCAGAGUCCCACUUUUCUGAAUUCCACGAUCACUUUGCAGAAAGUUAUUCCCAAUAAACCAGACACCCUGCCGAUAGGAAGCCAUACAGGAGUUACCACAGCCUACAGCAAUUCAACCGAUCUGUCACCUUUUGCUGAAACCCAGCUCAAUAGCUUGGUCACAGAAAUGAAUAAUGAGAAGGAGUCAACUGUAUUUAUUUUAGAAGACAAACAGCUAAACAAGGUGGCCCAGACAGACAUGACAGGUGACAUACCUCCACCUGUUUCACAGACUGACAGACAGACAGACCCUUUACCUGAUUUUCAAAAACCCCUCUCCCAGGAGCCAAUCAAAAGUGACAAGAUGAGUUUUAAGGUGUCUACUACAGUCCAUUCAAAGGGGUCUCCAAGAGGCUUUCCCAGGAAGGAUACCUCCAAAUUUUCCCUCUUAUAUAGAGACAAACCCACUGAACUUAAAAAAGAGAAGUGUUUUCCUGGGAACAGAAAACUUGACUCAACAGCUUCCCUUCUGUUCUCUCAGAAAAGCAGAACACCACCAUGCUUCCCCAGUCCAGAUCCAAGUUGUCACCUAGAAUUAAAAGUAAACAAUGCAGAUUUUUCAGACACUAUUCAAAAUAACAUCUGGCACUCUGGACAUCUAGACAAUCAAAACACAGAAUUACCAGAGGAGACUGCUAGCUUAGACACUGAAAGAGAGCAAAGUUCCACAACUCAUUCUACCAACUGCAGCAAGCAUACUACCUCAUGUGAUUCUUUAGAUCUGUCAAGUGCACCACUAGAUUCCUCACCAUCCAAUGAUGCUUCCCUUGAUGCUUUUGGGAUUCUGUCCACCACAGUGUUCUCCAAGAGACGCCCAUCAGACAAAAGUCCAUCUCUGGAAGAAAGAGAAGAAAUAGACAAUGGGAGAAAGAACCAAAAUAAUCAAUUUACCGUAAGCUCCUUAGAAAAACAAAAGAAUAAUGAUAGUCAUAGGUCUGUGAAUGACAAAGUGUGUGAUGUCAUUACAUGUCACUCCUACUCUCCUUUUAGAAGUGGAAGUGGAAAAGGGAAAGGAAGAGUAAGGCGCCACAUAUCUUACAUUGAAAAGCUAAGCAAACUGGAUAGCACAUCAGUACCCACAACUGAAGGCAGGAGCCUCACUGAAGAGAAUCAGAGUGAAUCCAAACCUUCUGAACAUAGCACCAUUUAUUGUACCUUGCCAAGAAAAUCAGCUAGUUGUCCCAUAUACGGCAAGCAGUCAGAAAGUAAGAUAGUAGCUGCUUCUAUUAGGAAUGGGCCACCUCCAUUCCAGAUCAAAAAUAAUAUGGGCGGUCCAGGUGGCAAGUACACAGCAGAUGAACUCAGUCCCAUUUCUCCUGAGUCAAUGAGCAAAUGUUCCAGAGUUGUUUCAGAUUCAGCCUUGUUUCCACCUGAAGCCACAGCAACAAUGACGGGUAUGAAAGUCAUCAGACCUGCUUCUGUUAGGAAAGGACCCCUACCAUUCCUCAUUCAGAGAGCUGUGUCAUGUCCUUUAGGGGAGCUAUGUGCCUCAACUAGAAGCGAAGACAGAGAAAAAGCAGUGGGCUCAGACACAGAUGCUUCUGCUAUGACACUCAGGCCUUGGGAGAGAAUCACUGACCCUCUGGAAAGUAACCCAGCCACCAGAGGUGGCCGAAAAGAGUUCUCUCAAGAAUGCACUGAAAAAGAUGGUGAAAUUUCUGCCUCUGCAACAAGUGUAGGUACUCUUUCAGGUGAAGACCCUUUACGUUCUGGUGUAGAGGUAUCAGAAAAAGGAAGUGGGAAAGCAUUACAUAUAUUUAAGACUACUAGUACAUUUUCUGUGUCUGGUGAUGAAGAUAAUGUAAAAUGCCUAGAGGUGGUUUCAAUAUAUUAUACGCUCCCAAGGAAACCCAGCAAAAAAUUCCGUGACCUUCUUCAACAAUAUAUACAAAGUACCAAUUCCCUUACAGAAUCACUGCAAAUGGACACUGAAAUAUUUUCUAAGGCUUUAGAAGAAGACAAAGGAAGUUAUUCUACGCAUGUACAGUCAGGAACAUCUUCAUCUGAAGAUCUAAAACUACUAGGCAACCCUACUCAGACUCGUCUUUCUCACACUACUGACAGUCCGGCUGCCUUCCAGUCACCAAAUGGGUCCUCGGAGCCUACAUUACAGGAAAGGACUUGUGCUGGGGCAGACGUUUCUCUUCAUAAAGGGGAAUCUAAAACCAGAGAGAUUCCCUCACAUAACUUAGAUAAAACACCUCUAGGUGUUCCAGAAAACAAGAAAGAGAGAGGAAAACCAUGGAAAAAUGAAACCUUGGGUACCUCAUUCGUGCUUCAGGAUAAAAGUGCCACAGAAGAACAAUCUGCAGAUUGUCAGCUGUCUGCUAAUGCAGGAGACAGUGUUCUCUCUGGUCUCCUAGCUCAUCCUGAAGAUAAUAACGAAAAUUCCCAAACUGGAAGAAGCUCUGGGAAGUGCGUAGGUAGUGGUAUACCCAUUAUAGCCACUGAAAGUGGAAGCUGGUCUCAGAAAGAUCACACAGCCGUAGGCACGCAGGAUAUCUCCGGUGGAUCACAGCCCCGGGAAGUUAGAGAGAAAACUGGGACAGAGUGCCAAAAACUGACUGACAAAAUUUUUCCUGACUCAGAAAGUCAAGCUAUUUUUCUCACUCCAGCACUGCAUGAACCACAGUUUGUUGAUAAGACUCAACCGGGUGAACCAGAUUUAGAAAGUUUACAGUCUGAAUCCAGGAAAUUACAAGGAAGUCAGGAGGCAAAUGUGGCAGAGAGCAGGAGGGUCAGAGGUGAAAUGCAGAAGUUGGCAUGGGAUCGGACUUUACACGCUGGAGGAAAUAAUAAGCACAAUACCAACUUGGACGACCUAGAACAAGUAGAAAACAGAUUGCCAACCACGUUGAAAGCCAGCAGAAAAUUCCCUGCUAAGGAUUUAAGCCCCAGAAGACACGUAGCUACUAUUUUCUAUAAAGGUGGCAGUAAAUCUGACUUUGACCACUUAUCUCUGGGCAGAGAAAAGUGCAGGUCACUGGCUGAACCUACAGGUGAAGGCAGUAUGGGUAACGAUGGCAUGACUGCAGAGGCUACUGAACUAUCCAGCAGAGAAGCUUCUAGACACUCCCAUAAUCAGAACUCUAACAGCAUUUCAAAGCUACAUCAGGAUGAACUCAAUGCUGUCUCAGAAUCAACACCAAAACAUGAGAAUUCUGAAAGUGCAACUGUAGGUGAGGAAGGAGAGUCAGGAACCUCAGCCCCGCAGUUCGCAUUCACCAGCCUCAGGGAAGCGGGCUUCUCUGACCAUCAGAGGAGGUCAGAGCUCCCUUUGGAGCCUGCACUGAAAUCUCCGGUAAGCAUUUCUCUGUCUAGCUGUCAGCAGCAACAAGGGAGAAAUUUGUCUCUGCAGUGGGAACCUGAGCCUCACCUCUAUAGAUCAAAGAGUUUAAAAAGCAUCAAUGUGCAGAGUGAUCUGCCAUGCAAAAGCCAUCCUCCCAAAGUCAGGGGGCGUCAUCUUUCUGAGAGCACAUCCAUUGACAAUGCCCUGAGUCGACUGACCCUCAGGGAUGAACUUCCUACCAACAACGGGUACAGUCGAAGGUUCAAAUCUUUUUCUGAACUUCCAAACUAUGAUGACAGUGAAAGCUGGACUUUGUGUAGCAGCAAAGCAAAAGCAGGGCCCAAGUCUGCGUCAUCAAUAGCCAGACCCAUCGACUAUGGGAUUUUUGGGAAAGAACAACAGUUAGCUUUCUUGGAGAAUGUAAAACGGUCACUCACACAAGGAAGGUUAUGGAAACCAAGUUUUCUUAAGAACCCUGGCUUCCUGAAAGAUGAUGUAAUUAGCUCUUCCAACACAUCAGAGUCUUUAAGCUCAAACUCCCCUAGCAGUCAGGUGCCAGGAGGCAGUUUAAGUCCAAGUGAAACACUUAAUAUCUAUGAGAAGGACCCAGUGGACUCAGACUGUGACACAGACACAACCACAGACGAUGAAUACUACCUGAAUGAAAAUGAUAAAGAGUCAGAACUAUGAGAUGUUUCUAGAAAGAUGCAUGAUGUGUUGCAGUUUGCUUUUCAUCAAAAACCUGCCACAGAAAUAGUGUGAAUUUGUAUGCUCAGGGGAGGACAGAUUUUGAAAGGUCUGGUCUGGGUAGUGUUUGCACCAAAAUAACUCAUUUUUUCCUCCAUACCCUCUAUACCCACUUCCUGAAUUCUACAAAUGAGAUUUCAUGUUCUGAGGAGUUUUCUGCUCAUUUUCCCCUCUUUGUUUGCUCUUGGUCUGUCUUCACUCCCUUCUCAAACUUUAUCUCUAAAUCACUUGCCAAUUUUGGCUUUUCACCUAAUUUUACUCUACUUUUUCACAUUCUUCAUGAUGUUUUAAAAAAUGUAAGGACCAUGACAGUACAGUAAAUAUUAUCAUCCUGUUUGCUUCAACAUUUAGGAACUUUGGUGGGAUUUUUUUU